AUGGAUCUUGAGCGGAGCAUCCUCGACGGGUCGUACUUCGCCGCGCAGCAGCGCGACACCGAGGGCGACCGCCGCGGGGCCGACUCCGGUGCCAGCAGCGGCGGCGAGUAUUCCGACUGCGCCGAGGGCGACUGCGGCGACUCGGACCACGACCAUGAUGAUGGAGAGGCGGCCGGCCUGCCGCCGGCCGCCAUGGCAGCCGCCGCCGCUGGCACCCGGCGCCCCGGCCCCCAAACCGGCGUCAAGGGUGUCAUUGCCGAUGCCCGCCACGCGGCCCGGCAGAAGGCCGAUGCUCGGCGCCGAGAGAAGGAGGCGCGCCGGGCAGCCUCGGCUGCCCCAUCGGCCGCCCUGUCUGACGAUGAUGACUCCGGCCUCGAUAGUGAUGACUGUGAGAUUGAUCGCCUGCUGCGCGGCGAUCUGGAAGAUGGCAUUCUGGCCGAUGAUCUGCUGGACGAGUUUAAGGACAUCCUUCGCCUGCAGCGCGAGAAGGAGCACGAGCGGACAAUCAGCCGCCUGGAGGGGCUCGGAUUUGGCUCGCUCGCUCGCUUGACCAAGCACAACUUCGUGGCACACAUCGAGGCUCGCGUCGGUCCGCGGGUGCCGACUGUCGUGCACUUCUACUCCAAGGAGGCCUUCGCGGCCCAGAUGGGACCACUGAUGCGACCGGGCCCUCGCCAUGCCGGGUUGCCCGCUUGA